AUGCAUAUCCUCAUCUUUCUUCUUCUCCCCGUCCUAUGUCUCGCCCAGUCCCCCGCCACUACCGCUAACCAGCGAUUUGAUCGCCUCUAUGGCAACCACCUCGUCGCCUGCGUCCUCCUUGAAGACCCAUACAUCAUUGCCGAUCAAAACCGUCGCGAACAAUACAGGGGCAUUGCCAUCGACUACUUCCGACGACUUCGAGACAACCUUGGAUUCACCGCCGAAUUCAAGGAAUGGAAUGGAAAUUGGAGUUCCUUCAUCGAAACAAUGUCCGAGUGCGAACCCAACGUUCCCGACUCAAACAAGAACAAAUGCCCAUGCACUAUCGGCAUCGGUGCGUUCACCAUGACAAACGAACGUACGGAGAAGAUCCAAUUCGUCUGGCCUCUAGGGAACGAGGCCCAUCGUAUGGUCGGCCGCAAGUCGGAUUUGUCCUCCGAUAAUUCUCAGAACACCUGGUUUGUCUUCAAUACCUUCAGCCUUCAAGUUUGGAUCAUCAUUGCCGUCGGUAUGGUGAUGCAUGCUCUAGGUUCUCUCGCGUUUGGCCCAUUUCAACCGUCAGAGCGCGACCUUCCUCGCUCCACUACUCACCGCCGCCGUCGUGGCAUUAUGUGGCGUAUCAAGAAGUUUCCUGCCGCAAUCCUUUUCGCCUAUGCUCACCUCCUCGGCCAUCCAUUUGGGGAGGAAUCACAGGGCACCCCAUCCUUUCAUCGAACCGCCUGGCUUAUGUUGGGUAUCACCGCAGGCCUCUUUUUACUUACCAUAUAUGAGGCCAGUUUAACUGUUCUUCUAUUUGAAAGCACAAAAGAAUCGGCAUUUCAAAGGUUAGAAGACAUCAAGAGCUGCGCUCUAGACCCAUCACGUAUCGCCAUGAUCGCAGGGGGCGCGUCGCAGGCUUUUUGGCAUUCUGCCGUCAAUACGACUGAAGUGCGCAAAGACUGCCCGCAGUGGGGCAAAUUCAGCAUGACUGUCGAGGACCUAGCAGAGGGCUUUGAAGCUGUCAAGUCAAAUAGAGCCGACUUUUUCUACUCGCUUGAAGGAAGUAUUGUCAUUCGUGCCCAGAAGAAUUGUGACGUCUUUGCACCGGUCGGAGAGCCGUUCUUUUCAACCGCUGUGGGAUUUGUCAUGCCGAAAAAUAUCGAAUCGCUCCAGAGAGUGUUGGACGAGCUUUCGAGGGAGACGAGAAUUUUGCGAGAGCAGGACGGCUUCGAAUCCGUGAGUGUGCUUGCGGACAGAUCCAGUUGCGAAGAUGUGAUCGACGCCCGCAUCACGCCCAGCAAGUUGUGGGCUUUCUUUGUCAUGUACGCUCUGUGCUGGGGCGGGUUGCUCUUAUACAGGAUUUCGCGCCUCUACAUUAUGAAGCGCAAAGAAAAAGAUGAUGGCUUGAGACCAACGCCGAACCAAGGGGAUAUAGUGCUCAUGGAUGUGCAUUCAAUGCCAACUCGCGGUUUUGAAGCGACGACAGCCAAGAAGCAUGAAGACUUCGACCACAUUGACGAGGAAUCUAGCUCGAUGGGGUAUUCCAUUCCCGAUGGAUAUCCCACGCAUGGCGCACAUAGAAAGGUAUCGCCGCCCUCGAGUGUAUUACAAACUCCAAUACCGAGCCGCAACUCUUCCCAGCUACGGCAAGAGACUUUACCUCAUGGACAGCAGGAUCUCUCCCUAAGACCAGAUGGUGGGACUGGUCCCAACGGGCUGACAUCUGAUGGAUAUCCUCUGGAGACACACCAUUCUACUGGACCUGCUGGUGGUAGCCCAGACUUGUAACAUUAGCACGCACAAUGUGCAGAAUAAUUUUCUAAUUAAGACGGAUGCAUAGUGCAGCGUUGUUUUACUCGCAUGAAAGAAUAAUCCAUGGUAAAGUCCAAAGAAUGCAUGCUU